ACCGAGAGCAGCCAAUUUUCGUAGCAAAUGAUUGGUCCCUUGCUCGUGGCAUCUACCAAUAUAUAUCUUUCCCAAGAUGCCGUUCGCUUUCAAAAUGGAAGAAAUAUAAAUGUGGUGUUGUGUGCUGGGGCUGACGUUUGUUAUUCGAUAGUAUUCCUUGGAAGAUUAAUAUCUUAUCACUUGGUUGUGAGAUUCUUAAGUGAAAUGUCUAACUAUAAUGUUACAGCCUUAAAGGAGAACCUCCCCAGAGCCAGCGGCAUGUUUGGGAUCUGUGCUCGAAACGGCAUCAUGCCGAUUCAGGGCAAAGGGAAAAGCGGCACCCUGGCGGUGCGCGACAUGACGGUCCCAGUCCGGGCCAAGGCUGGCAUGUCGGGCCUGGCCAGUACCCAGCGCACCGUUCUCAAGGAGAUACAAACCAAGGCAGUCAGUGCUAAUGUUGGCACACUCUGUAAGGAGGUCACCAACAUCAGCAUUCGACCCAGGCAAGAAAAUACCCAGAAAUGCUUACCAGUUAAGGUACUAAAACCUUUGCAAGAAAAGUAUAAGAGGCCUUUGCAAGAAAAGGUGACUGUGAACAGACCGGUGCAAGAUAAACUAAAGGUGUCUGUGCGGCUAGAGGACAAGAACAGGGCCAAAAUAGACAGGAAGGUGACGAAGGAUACCAAAGUAAUUGCAGCACCAUCAGCAUCUGCAGCGGCAAAGCAAGAAGAAUCUAGUGCAAAGGUGGACAGGUCGAAUGGCCCGGAGACAGAACCACUAGAGGAGUCUAAGCUACUCCCGUACUCUGCUGUUCUGUUGCCGACAGAUGUGGAGGACAUAGACACAGAUGAUCGAGAGAACCUCAUUCUGGUGUCUGACUAUGUUGACGACAUCUACAAGUACCUGCGGGAGUUGGAGGUGAAGUAUGCCGUCAAGAGCGACUUUCUGAAGGACAGCAAAGUGACGCCGAGGAUGCGGACCAUCCUUGUCAACUGGCUGAUCGAUGUCCACAAGGACUUCCACUUGAUUGCAGAGACAUUGUAUCUUGCUGUCGACAUCUUGGACAGGUUCUUGCAGGAAUACAAAAUGGUGAAUGAGAAGAACCUGCAGCUGGUGGGAUCUACUGCGAUGUUCCUGGCCUCCAAGUACGAGGAGAUGCUGCCCCCAGAGAUCUCUGACUUUGUGUACAUCUCGCAGAAGACGUUCUGCAAGCAGGAGAUGAUCGGCAUGGAGUUCACGAUGCUGCAGGUGCUGGGGUUCGCCCUGGGCCGGCCCUCGCCCAUGCACUUCCUGCGACGCUUCAGCAAGGCAGCCAAGGCCACCUCGGAGCUGCACACGCUUGCCAAGUACGCCCAGGAGCUGUGCCUGAUCCAGUACAACAUGUGCAGCGUGCCUCCCUCCCUCUGCGCGGCCGCCGCCCUCUACGUCGCCCUCUACGCCACGUCGCCGGCGGGCGGCCGGGGCCUGUGGAGCCACACGCUGCAGCACUACACCCAGUACGAGGAGGCCGCGGUGCUGCCCGUGGCCAGGAAGAUGGCCGCCAUCAUGCUCGCAGCCAAGACCAGCAAGUUCCAGGCAGUGUUCAUGAAGUACUGUUCUCCGAAGUUCGGCAAGAUCGCCUUGCAAGUGGAUCGUGCCAGGCUGAAUACCCUCGCCAGCUAGUGCGCUUCUUGCGUCUUCUCACGCUGUGUGCAACACACGAGCCCUGUUGCCACUUUUGUUUUUAAUUUUAUAACAUAAGUUUGUGUAAUGCUAAUGCAUUUUACUUUAAAACUGUACCUUAUCUGUGAAAUAAUUAUAGUAAUUAAAUUUUGUACUGAAGUGUUAUGAUGAGAAUUGUUAAUAAUGGUGUAAUAUUUGUAUUUUUUACUAUGUUUUACGUACUGAAGUGUUAAUAGUUGGCUAUAAAUGUGAAAAUGUAUUUUCCUUUGACAAUUUGCUGUCUGAAUGGUAACAUUGAAAAGCUGUCUGCGAGGUAUUUGCGCUUGUAAAUUUCUAGUUUUAGAAAAAUUGAAAUUGUUUUCUUAAUUUCAAAUCUUUUUUAUGUGAUGACUGAAAAUAUUUGUAGUUAUGUUUUGUACCAAAAAAAUGUUUUGUAGAUAUCUAUUGAUUAAACUGAUAGUUCUUGUGCUUUUAUAAAAUGUAAUUUUUUGUAUUAGUCAAAGUGUUUGGUUUUGAACAUUCUCCUUGCAGUUAGCCAAGUAUCCGUGUUAUUGGCUUGCAAGGAAACCAAAUCAAGUGCAUUCUUGGUACCAGUUAGUACUAAGGCUGCAGUGUAGGUUAAUGCCAAACUCUAGGAGGAACUUAUGUUAGUGUUAUACUUUCCUUUGUGGUGAAAGAUCAUUUUAACAAGACUAAAUGUGUAAAGUAGAAUUGUUUAGUUAAUUUUACAAUUUAAUAAAGUUUGUACAAUCA